UCCUGCUGGCAGCGCCCCUCCUCUGAUCAGCUGUCACUCAGGGUUACCAUGGCGACACUACCGCCUCCAUAAAAGAAAGUGAGCCUGCGUCCACACGUGCACACACAUGCACGCCCACACUUUCUAUCCUUUGGAGAGGAGUCCGGAGUUUUGAGCCGCAACAGCCAAUGUCUCUGAAUGAAAACAUUACCGAGUUCACCUCCAAACUCUCCCCAGCUGCGGACGCAUGUGUGGGACUGACCAUCCUCUCCGUCGUUCUGCUCUCUGUUCUCGGCAAUGGGCUGGUCCUGGUCAUCUGUUACCGCAGGAGGAAGAAGCUGGUGGGCACGGAGCUGCUGUGCGUCAACCUGGCCUUGGUCGACUUCCUCUGCUGUAUCUGCUUCUACCCGCUCUCUGUCGCGUCCUCGUUCCACCACUCGUGGCUGGGGGGGAACGUCACGUGCGUCUACUACGGCUUCGGCUGCUUCAUCUUCGGACUGUGCGGCAUGUACACCGUCGCCGCCAUCAGCGUCACACGCUACCUGAAGACCUGCCACAGCUUGCUUCACACCGUGCAGUCGGGUAGAACUAACAUCCGCAUAGUGUGCUGCGCCGCCUGGGCGGUCGCCAUCGUGUGGUCCAGCUUGCCCCUCUUUGGCUGGGGCAAGUACGUCCCCGAGCCGUAUGGACUGUCCUGCACCAUCGCCUGGAGGGGUUACCACACCUCGGCAAAGGACGCCUUCUACGUUAUCUGCACCUUCGCCAUCUUCACACUGGUCCCCAUUCUCCUCAUCGUGGUGUCCCAGUGUCAGAUCCUCAACCAGGUGUCCAGCUUCACCGACUCGAUGUCUGCCAGAGGCAUCCACAACAACCUGCGGCACACUGAAAAACGGCUCUCUAUGAUGUUUUUCUGCAUCAGCCUGGGUUUUGUGAUCGCCUGGGCCCCGUAUACUGUUGUGUCCUUCCUCUUCAUUUUCCACAAGGAGCACAGGUACAUGGCUCCCGGUGGCUUCGUUUUCCCGGCCCUCUUCGCCAAAAGCUCCCACAUCUGCAACCCUCUCAUCUACUUCUACUUCAACAAGACUUUCAAGCGGGAGCUGCGCUAUCUGCUCCUCUCGAUCUACUCUAAGCUCGGGGUGAACCAAGUGGGGGUCCACAUCGGUGCGGGCCACCAGGCCCCGAUCCCCAUUAACAUUCAGCUCCAGGAACGAGGCUUCGUCCAAAAGAGGAACUUUGGCUUGUCUCAGGACAGAACUCACAGUAAGACCAAGAGCAAAGAAAAAGUGGUGAACACCGAUGGCAGUCGGCCGGUGUAUGUCUGCUGGGGCUCCAAGUACACAGACUCCAACAAUAAAUUUGCCAAAGACUGCCCACCUGUCUCUAUAUGACUUGUGAAUACAUGACAAAUUAAGGUUAAAUCACAGACAAGCUGGUCCUGUGUUGUGUCAAAUAAUCAGGCUGCAUGAUAAUCUGGGAGGGAGCAUGGCUGGAGCUGUGUGCAGUUCCAUUUAGGCGAAGUGCUAGAGAAGUGCUCAGUUUUCAUUGUGCGGGAUUGUUUUAACCAUGUUCUGAUAUUUUUGAGUAAAGAUGAUUAAUCAUUGAUAAUAAAAGUUGUGAGUUGCA